ACGGUGUCGGACCGGAGGUGAAGGAGGAGGAGGAGAUUGCGACAGAGCAGCUGGGAAGGGGGAGGACCCGUGAGCCCGCCGGUGGGAGUGAAAACUCAGCACUGGCAGCGGAAAGUUUACUGUGACCCAGUUCAGCGGAAGUAGGCUCUGGCUAAGUCAGCGUGCGGUGUACAGGUGUCACUUUUUUUUGCAUGGUUGUCGCGGAACUCCUCAUCUAACGGCUUUGAAGCGGGGUUAAAAGUUUUCGUCGGCUAGAAGAGUACCAACAUGUCAAGCCUCCGACCCAGACGGUGUGUGCUGGAGAAAGGACCCAACGGCUACGGGUUCCACCUGCACGGAGAGAAGGGCAAGACCGGGCAGUUCAUCAGGCUCGUGGAGCCCGACACCCCCGCCUCCGCAGCCGGGCUGCUCGCGGGCGACCGCCUGGCGUUCGUGAACGGCGAGAGCGUGGAGGGCGAGAGCCAUCAGCAGGUGGUGGCGCGGAUCCGGGCCACCGGCGGGACCCUGGAGCUCAUCGUGGUCGACGCCGAGACGGCCGAGCUGCUGAAGACGCGCGGUCUGCAGUGCCGGAAAGAGUUCGUCACGGAGGGGAUUCCCCCGCCCGGCGGGGACAGCGACUCGGAUCGCGGGGACACGCAGAGCAACGGCACCCCGAGGGAGUCCAGCCCCGUCCCGCUGGAGAACGGGGACACUUCUUCGGAGAGGUCGGAGAGGCUGAGCGUCAGCUCCAGCACCAAGGAUGAAAGAGGUGGACUACGACCUCGUUUCUACCACCUGAAGAAGGGAGCUAAUGGUUAUGGCUUCAACCUGCACAGUGAGAAGUCUAAACCGGGCCAGUUCAUCAGAGCUGUGGAUGAAGACUCUCCUGCACAGAGAGCUGGCCUCAGACUACAGGACAAGAUCAUCCAGGUUAACGGUGUUUCAGUGAAUGGGAUGCAGCACUCAGAGGUGGUUGCAGCCAUCAAAGCCGGAGGAGACCAGACCAGACUGCUGGUGGUCGAUGCGGAGACUGACGAAUUUUUCAAGAGCUGCAACGUCCUGCCCACUGAGGAACACAUCACUGGACCUCUUCCUGAGCCAGCAUCAGAGAGAGAGAAGGAAGAGGCGUCGGCGGAGAUGAAGCCUAAAGUGUCUGUGAGCUCGUCGGCUUCCAGUGCCUCCUCCAGCGCCUCCCUGCCAGUGGCAGCUACCAGCUGCCCACCUCCAGAGGUUGAGAGGGCCCCGGAACCGGCCCCAGCGGCUGACGGCCUGGGUCUGGGUAUGUCACUGGCUCAGGCCAGACAAAGAGCCCAUCAGAAACGAGCCGCCAAGAAAGCCCCGCCCAUGGAAUGGCGCAAGAGGAACGAACUGUUCAGCAACUUGUAAAUAUCAUCUCCUUCCUCCUCCCUCAGCUCCGUCUCCUCCAGACUCGUCUGUCCCGCCCUCCGGUGGAGAAUCCAGAGAGAUAAUCAGCCUCUGUUCUCCGUGUGUCUGGUCUCUGGAUUUGGUUUUUACCUUUUCACCUUGCAAAUGAAAGACACAGUGUUCAUGUAGAACAUUUUAAACUCCCAUGUUAAACAGUAUUAUUUGAUGAUUUUAUUGUUUUAAUUUAGGGUUUUGCCACUAUUGAAAUGUCAAUGUCACACACAGGAAUGAAUGUUAAUAUAUUACCAAGAAUGUUUGAGAGAGAGAGAAUAAUAAUGUACAGUUCCUCAGAUGAAAAGGACCACGUCAGGAAUAAUGGGACACAAGGAAAAGUAAAUUAUUUGCAGAUUUUGAGUUCAGAUUUUAAAUCUACAGUUUACGUGAAUGUUAGAAGAUGUCUGCAACUAGAAUUAAUGAUGAAAUUAAUUCUAUACUCAGUAUCUGUGAAUGAACAAUGCUGAGUCACUCUGCUGAGCCCUCACUGCCAAAACAACCAUUUCAUGACAAUCUCCUGUUUUCCUGUUGGAACAGUGUUGGAACACUGUCAGUGUGUUCAGGUCUUAAGAUGGCUGAAGGGACUUUGUAGUUUUUCGAAUCAUGAAAGCUCUGGUAGCCUUGGGCACAACCCUCCAUGUUUGUCCAUUCAUCUUUGCCUCCAGGGUUUCUGUCACCGUGAUAUAUGAUUCAAUAAAAUUAUUUUUUCAUGUUG